AUGGACAAGUGCAAGUUCGUAUCGACCCCACUGGUUCACAAUGAAAAGAUUUCGAAGUUUGAAGGAGGUGAUAGGGCUAAUCCAACAGUUUAUAGAAGUAUAAUUGGUAGUUUGCUGUAUUUGAUAGCAACAAGACCUGAUCUUAUGUUCGCGGCAAGUCUUUUGUCGAGGUUCAAGCAAGCUCCAAGUUUAGUUCAUCUUAGUAUCGCUAAACGAAUGUUGAGGUAUAUCAACGGAACCGCUGAUUAUGGUAUUUGGUUUAAAAAGGAAGAGCAAAGGCAAUUGUUGGGUUAUUCGGAUAGUGAUUGGGCAGGAUAUACUUUUACACUUGGUUCAGGCAUGUUCUCAUGGAAUUCAAAGAAGCAGGAGGUGGUAGCUCAAUCAUCUGCAGAAGCAGAAUACAUCGCUGCUGCUGGUGCGACUAAUCAGGCUCUAUGGUUAAGAAAGAUUUACGUGAUCUAG